UCAAUAAAACACAAAUCAAAAACCAAAAAUUUAUCAGAAAAACUACACAAAUCUACAGAUCUGGCUACUCACAACGAAAAUAUUCAAUCAAACCCUCUUGCUAAAAGCCCUAAAAGUCAAGCGACCAGAGCCAAAACCCCAAGAAAAUCAAAGAAAAUGGUGUAUACUUACACACCCACAUACUACUCUUCACUUCAUGACUCAAUCACUUCUCUUUGCAAGAACAUUCUGCCGUUUUCAUUCAAGAAGAGGCGGUGGUUGCCGUCGGCGGAUCAUAAGCUGGCGAAGCUGCAAUCUGAUAAUCUCAAGUGGCAGCAGGACUCGUACCACCAGAUUUUGAACUUGAUGGGUCUGCACAAAGAGGGGAUUCUUGAUGAAAGUGAAGUUGCUGCUUUUAGAGCUAGUUUGCUUGAGACCCUUAUUUCUUCUCCAGCUGAACAAGAACAAGCUGUUAUUUUGAGAGAUAAGUUGGUCUUCUUGCAGGAGCUGCUUUAUGCGAAAUGCAUAUCAGUAGAUGAGUACCAUUCUUCGAAAAGGCCUUUGUUACAGCAAUUGGCGGUUCAAGGUGCUGAGAUUGAGGCUAGAGAUGUGAUUGUUGCGAAUCCGAAAGAUGGCAAAGAGAACUCAGAAGAAGAAUGGUCAGUCAUUGACUUGAAGGAUGAGAAAUGCCAAAUGAACAAAGAGAAUUCGCAUUCCAAAAACAAGUUGAGGCACAACAACUCUGCAAUGAAGCAAAUAAAGGAAGCAGCUUCAGUCUUUAGCUUUGCAUCAUCUCAUAAAAAACACAGAGAAGAGAAGAGCAUUUUUGAUACUGAAUCAAAAUUCUCUGCUUAUAAUAAGAAUGAUAUGAUGUGUUCCAAGGAAAACCCUUUUUGGGAUAGUCAGUUGAAGCAUAAAGAAAGUGAAACACAAUCAAUUCUUAUGCAGGAAGGCCUACAAAAUGAGUCAUCCAUCAAAGGAAAUGGUGGUGGCAAUAGUGUUGAAAAAGCAAAGAGAAAACCCUUUAGGACUUUGUUUCAUAGAGAACAAAAAGAGGGACAUGAUGGAGGCGAAAAUGGUGUUGAUUUUGAGGAGAAAACAUCGAAAUCGGCCAAAAAACAAUGGGGAUUCGAGGGGUUGAAGAAAUGGAAGAGAAAUGAUUCAGAGGAUGAGACUGCACCUCUGCCUCUCAAUGAAAGAUCAGACUCAGAAGCUUAUUUGGAGUCCUGCAAGCUUGUUUCAAGCCCCAUGGGAGAAGGUCCCAACACGAGAGAUAUUAAGAAGAAGUUGCAUGCAAAUGGCGCUCCAUCAGAUUUCUUCAUUGACAAGGUUUUAGGGGACAAGAUAAAGAAGGAGUUAUCGCGAAUUCAGUCAGAACUCUGUACCACAAACCCCAAUCUAAAAUUCUCGAAUGAUCAAAUUGAAGCAAUUUCCACCAAGCUUCCUGUGGAUAAAGCUGACCUCAAAAAGUUCUUUCCCAAGUCAUGGUGUGACAGGUAUGGUGAUGUUGUAUUAGAUGUGGUGAAAAAAGAGUUCAAGGACCAUGUUGGAGAAAUGGAGAGUAUGCGAAAUGCUGGCAGAGAGAAGCAUGGCAGCUCAUCGCGAUGGACGACAUUUGAAGAUGAUGAUGAAAACUGUCACCCAAAUCUCUUUGCUCACCAGGAUCGUUCAUUUCAAGUUAUGAAGCAAAAAUUUGCUUCUUGGAACGAUGAUCACACCACCAAUAACCUGGAAAAGAAUCCUUUCUUCCAGGACUACAAUGAGAAAAAUGUACACAACCUGAGGUCUGAAUCAGCCUUUUCCGAAGACCAUAAUCCAUUCUGGACACCAACUCAUGGCUCUUCUUUGCUGAAAUAGCUGAAAGCAGGCAGUAUUGUUAGUACGUUCACAUGAAGACUUGUACUUGCUUCUCUUAUUAUUUAAGAAGAACACUGUUCUUCAAUAGUAUCGUGGGGGUUUACUUGUAAAAGGAAGUUACAAUAUCUCUCUUCUUUCACUCUUAUUUGCAAUCUAAUCUGUUCAACUGAAAAUUUUGAAUCUU